GGUCUAUGGCAACUUAGUGAAAAUAAUGCUAUUUCCCCUGUGAGGUUUAAUUAAGUAUACAAAAACUAAAUAAACGAUUUAAAAAAGGGUCAGAAAAGCAGAGAUUUUUAAUAGAUGGAUUUGGUCUUCCUGGAGACAGAUGCAACUCUAUCAAAGAGUUAAAUACAAGACAAGUACAAGUUGUGUUUUUAGUUGUUUGUGACAUGUUAAACUGCUCCACAGUGACCACUGAGUGGACAGCUACAGCGGUCACUUUUCUAAAGCAGGAUUUUUUUAAGAUUCAGGAAAAAGAAUUUGCUCUGCUUGUGUGUUGCUGUUUUUUUAGUGAUCUUUUCAUUAAAGUUAAGUUGAUAUACAGACGUGAUGUCAAAGAAGUGUGAUGGCUCAGAUUCAUCACUGGUUUCCUUUCAGAUUAUCUGAGACUAAAGAGAAAACAGUUUGUUAUUGUUUGGCUUUCAGUGAGAAGAGACGCAUUGACAGACGCUAAGAUUUACCUUCAUCUCACAGCUGUGACUUUGACAGCUACAGGAGGGCGUACUUUAGUAGUUAACUAUGUCAUAUUUACAUGUGUUACUGUCCAAAAGUUUUGGUCUGAAGUUAUUAAGAAGAUUUGUGCCUUAACCAAAGUUUGUAUUAAGCCGGAUUCUGUACUCUGUAUAAUAGUUCUGCCAAGAUUGUCUGACCAACAACACAAUAAGUGGAUGUCUGUAGUUUUGUUGUUGCCUAAAAGUUGAUUUUUUUUUUUUUUGUAAAUGGAGAGACAGCAGUGCUCCAGACAUUCAAGACUGGACUGAUGCAAUGUUGAAAAUAGCUAAAUUUGGGGAAAAAAAUAUUUUAUAUGAAUAAAGGCUCAGUAGGUGAGUAUACCUAAAUAUGGUUGUCCUCCUUAGCAGCCAUGUCCUAAAGACGACAGAUGGAAAAGUUACCACAUUAAAACGCUUUAUCUUGAUAAAGCAUGCAAUUAGACUAAUGCACAUAUAUAUUCACUUUUGCAUAAUUUAAUUUGCAUCUAUUAGUUUGUUGUUGGCUUGUUUGCUUUUUGUAGGUGCUGUUGUUGCUGUGUUUGCUUUUAUUGUAUGCAUGUUCUGUUUAUUGCUAGUUUGCUUGCUGUUUUUUUUGAUGCGCUGCAUACGGUGCAGAUUAUUGUUCUGCUGUCUGAUUUUCAACUGUACUUGUGAAUAACAAUAAAACUUGAGGAGAAAAAAAAGUUGUACAGUAUGUCUGCUGCUGACUGAUAAAACACUAAGAUACUAAAAGUGAAAGUAACUGAGGCAGCUCUCUGCAGCAGGGAAGGGCAACACAUGUGAUUUCCUGUUUUUGCGUCUUGCCUGCUGUGUUUUGUGUUUCACUCAGAGACGAAAUGGCUUCGAGAUCAGAGGAGGAUCUCUCCUGUCCGGUCUGUCAGGACGUCUUUAAAGAUCCUGUUGUUCUGUCAUGUAGCCACAGUUUCUGUAAAGACUGUCUGAAGAGCUGGUGGAGAGAGAAACCAACAAAGGAGUGUCCAGUUUGUAAGAGAAGAUCCUCAAAGAGUGACCCACCCCGUAACCUGGCAUUGAGGAACCUGUGUGAGUCUUUCUUACAGGAGAGACAUCAGACAGUUUCAACAGAAGCUCUCUGCAGUCUGCACUCUGAGAAACUCAAACUCUUCUGUCUGGACCAUCAGCAGCCGGCGUGUCUCGUCUGCAGAGAUUCAAAAACACACAACAACCACAGUUUCAGACCAAUCGAUGAAGUUGCGCAAGAACACAGGAAGGAACUUCGGGAAACUCUGGAGCCCGUAAGGAAGAAGUUAAAGGUUUUUAAACAAGUUAAGGAGGAGUGUGAUCAAACAGCAGCUCACAUGAAGUUUCAGGCUCAGCAGACAGAGAUGCAGAUUAAGGAGCAGUUUAAGAAGCUUCACCAGUUUCUACACGAGGAAGAGGAGGCCAGGGUCUCCGCUCUGAGGGAGGAGGAGCAGCAGAAGAGUCGGAGGAUGAAGGAGAAGCUGGAGGCUCUGAGCAGAGAGAUAGCAGCUCUUUCAGACACAGUCAGAGACACAGAGGACGAGCUGAGAGCCGACGACGCCUCGUUCUUGCUCAACUACAAGGCUGCAGUGGACAGAGUCCAGCAGCGCCCCCUGCUGGAGGAUCCACAGCUGCUCUCAGGAGCUCUGAUAGACGAGGCCAAACACCUGGGAAACCUGUCCUUCAACAUCUGGAACAAGCUGAAGGACAUGGUCUCCUACAGUCCUCUGUUUUUGAAUCCAAACUCUGCUCAUCCAGAACUCAUCCUGACUGAAGAUCUGACCAGUGUGAGACGCGGACAGGAACAGCAGCUUCCUCAAAACCCAGAGAGGUUUGAUUCUUACUGGUCUGUUCUGGGCUCUGAGGGCUUCAACUCAGGGAUUCACAGCUGGGACGUUGAGGUCGGAGACAGCCCAGACUGGAGACUUGGUGUCAUGGAAGAGUCUGUCCAGAGGAAGGGACUCAUACAGUCUGGAUUAUGGAGAAUAAUGUUCUAUGAAAACAAAUACUUUGCAUGGUCACCACCAGCUCAAGCCAAUGUUCUCAAAUUGCAGAAAAAGUUCAAGAGGAUCAGAAUAAAACUGGACUGGAACAAAGGAAAGCUGUCGUUCUCUGACGCUGAUACUAACACACGCAUACACACAUUCAAACACACUUUCACCGAGAGAAUGUUUCCAUACAUUCACACUGCCGAUAAACUGAAGAUAUCACCACUGAAGGUCUCUGUGACUGUGGAAUAGAGCAGUGAGAGAUCAACAGGAUGAUUAUAUCCAUGAUGUUGACAUGGGUUAAAGGCAAAAAGCAACAUGGCUCAACAUGUACAAGAAAAAUUAUUUAAAAAAAAAAAUAAAAACAAAGGUAACG